AGAACCCAUCCAGUGUUUCCGGAUCGAGCGUCCCUGGGGCUGGGGCCGUGCGCGCGGCGGCGCGUUUUCCAGUCUCCUCCACAUCGCCCGCCGCGCCCUCGCCGUCUCCGGCCGGCUCUCGCGCCGCGGCUGUGGCCCCUGGCCGUCUCGCGCUGCUGCCCGACGCCUCGCUGCUGCCGACGCUGCCUCGUGCGGUCGUGCCCCACAAGCAGGCCACACAGCCGCAGCAGAUCGCCGACGAAACCUUCCGCUUCCACGGCCGCGGCGUCUCCCUCUCCCCCACCUCCGCCUCCGCGGAUUCCUCGUGAUGGCGGCGGCGCCUCCUCCGUCCCAGCCCGUGCCAGCGCCCGCGGCCGCCGGGUUCCGCCUCGGGUUCAUCGGCCCGGGUAACCUGGCGGAGAGCAUCGCGCGCGGCGUGGCGGCGUCGGGCGUCCUCCCGGCCGCCGCCAUCCGCACCGCGCCCCACCGCCGCCCCGAGCGCGCCGCCGCCUUCGCGUCGAUCGGAGCUCACAUCAUGGAGACCAACGCGCAGGUAGUUCAUGACUGUGACGUGAUUGUAAUCUCUGUGAAGCCACAGAUUGUAAGGCAAGUUCUGGUUGAGCUUAAACCCUUGCUAUCAGAAGAAAAGCUUCUGGUGUCCAUUGCUGCUGGCAUCAAGAUGGAAGAUCUGCAGGGUUGGUCUGGUCAUCGAAGAGUUAUUAGAGUAAUGCCAAACACCCCUUCAGCUGUUGGUCAAGCAGCAUCAGUGAUGUGUUUGGGAGACAUGGCUACUGAUAAUGAUGAAAACCGUGUAAGAAGUUUAUUCAGUGCCAUCGGAAAAGUUUGGACAGCUGAAGAGAAAUAUUUCGAUGCUGUAACUGGGCUAAGUGGUAGUGGCCCGGCCUAUAUUUUCUUGGCAAUAGAGGCCAUGGCUGAUGGUGGGGUUGCUGCUGGCCUUCCUCGAGAUCUUGCUCUUGGUCUUGCAUCUCAGACAGUUCUUGGUGCUGCAACCAUGGUAAACCAGACUGGAAAACAUCCAGGUCAACUGAAAGAUAUGGUCACUUCUCCGGCAGGAACCACCAUAACUGGUAUACAGGAGCUCGAGAAGGGUGCAUUUCGUGGGACACUGAUAAAUGCAUUUGUCGCUGCCACAAAGCGUUGCCGCGAACUAUCUCAGAGUUAAAUCCUCUUGUUAGUUACCAUUAGUUAUUUAUUAGUGUUAGCCCAUCGGGUGUGCUACUGUGCACAGGAUAUUUAAACCUCAGGCUCUCGGCAAGUUUUCUUCGUAGUUAUCUCAAUAAUUUGUUGGAUUUAGCGUUACGGUAGAUUGAUACUUUCUAGAUGGUUUUGUGAUAUGUAGCAGCUCUUUCUGAUGGGAUACCUAAGCCCAAGGUAUGGAGAAGUGCGUGAGAAUUUCGGAGCAACUUCACCGUAAGAUUAGAGCAUCCUUAACAGCUUAUUUAAAUUUAGUCAUACAUAUUUUCAUUUGGAUGAUCAUCUAAAACAGUUUUAUCAUUCA